AUGUUGGAACUUGCAGAGCAGAGGUUAUUUUUGAAUGGAUGGCCAGUGAAGUCCGGGAUUGCUCUUUCUUCCCAGCAAUUCCGAAUUGCUGGUGAAUUAAUGGUAAUGUCAAUUCUACAAGGAGGCCCUGCACCAAACUUCUUAGAUUCAGAAGUGUAUGCAUAUAUCAGUAGAACAACUUUGGACCCAGAUAAAAAUACUAACAUCAUGAACAAGAAUAUUGCAAAAAAU